UGCUGGAAUUGGUGUAACCGUUAGGGACAUUGGUAUUGGUUUGAAAAUGUUGUCAUAAUGAUUCGACGUAUUUUUUUUUGCGCGAACCGAUGACAACCUUAGUUCCAGACGGAACUUCAGAAGGCACCGUCCAGUAGUGCACGUGCGUCGGGUCCGUACGGGUGCGUUGAUUCGCUAAGCGGCGGAAAUUUUGCAGUUCUCUUGAAGAUCUUGAAGUUGGACAAGAUGUUGGUGCUACGAUACAUGGCUUCGUUUUACAACUACGUCAACUACGAUGCUAGCGAUCCAAGGGUAAACAAUAUGCUGUUGAUGGAAACGCCUUGGCCAGGAGUAGCGAUUUUGGGAUUGUAUCUCAUGUUCGUUUUAAAAUGGGGUCCAAAGUGGAUGGAACAUAGGAAACCAAUGAAGAUUGAUAAUUUCAUCAAGGUGUACAAUCUGGUUCAAGUGAUUAUAUGUCUUUUUCUGUUUGUGGAGGCCUUCCGACUUGGAUACCUGCGAGGCUAUAGCCUUCUCUGUCAACCGGUGGAUUAUUCAUAUACGGAGGUGCCCCUAUUGAUCGCUCGGCGAUGUCACAUUUACUUCCUGGUGAAAGUGAUGGACUUGUUGGAUACGGUGUUCUUCGUGCUACGAAAGAAGCAGAAUCAAGUCAGUUUCCUUCACGUUUAUCACCACACUGGAAUGGUCAUGCUGUCUUGGAGUGGAGUCAAGUGGUUUCCAGGAGGACAUUCCGUGUUCAUGGGAGCCAUCAACAGUUUCGUUCACGUGGUUAUGUAUUACUACUACUUCCUGACGUCGAUCAGUCCCAAGUUUAAGGGCAACGUUUGGUGGAAGAAGCACAUCACCCAGUUGCAAAUCAUUCAAUUCGGCCUAAUAUUCCUGCAGUGGUUCGUGCUAGUAUUCCAACCGAAUUGCGACUUCCCCAUGUGGCCAGUGUUUGUAAUUCUUCCGCAAAACCUCUUCAUGUUUGUGCUUUUCCUCGAUUUCUACUACCAAGCGUACAUCAAGAAGAAACAACCGGCGGCGAGCAAGGUCAAAGAGCAGACUGUGCGAAGUGACGACGAUUGGCCGGUAAUCAACCAAAAGGCGAUGGUUGGGAGUCACGCUGAUUAAAAUUAAAAUUGACAUGUUCGAUAUGCGAACGUGUCGUCGUCUGCCUGAUUUAGUUGCUAAGUCUAAUUAGCAUUUAGUAUGUAGGAAUAUUGUAUAGGUAUUCGUUUAACAUUUAUUUUGUUCUGUUCGUCAAUGUAGUUUUUUGUCGUGUGAAUCGCCCAGAGGUAAUGAAAAAGAGAAACAAUAAUCAGAAGCGUGUGGCAAGUUCCACUUUAUCUAGCACCCCUCAGUGGAGCGCAGACGUGUUUGACCGUAAGUAACCUAGUUUAUAACUAAAUAUAACUUCCACCAAGAAUGAAGCGAUUACAACAAGAUGGUCCACUUUCAUAUG